AGUGGCCCUGCGGUCUGUCCGGUGCUCUUGAUUCCAGGCUGUCGAGUAUCUGCAGUGUGGAUAGUGCUCAGUGGUCCUCUGUGUCGCGAGGGACAGUCGGUGCAAGCCCAACCAAGCCUGCCACGUCUCUGUCUUGCGGUAUCCACCGCAGAAGCACCUUGUCUGCCGCCGAUAGUAGCGACUGUCAUGCUGGGAUGGCAACAUGCUGUCUGGCGCGCUCUGGUCGUCGACUGGCGACAAGUCGCUUAUCGCAUCACUGAGCAUAUCUGGCCUUGCGACAAGGCGCUGCAUCGAUUGCAUGUCCCGUCUAGUUAAUGUGAACUCGUCCAGAAAGGCCAUCCGCGCCUCUAGCGUCUUCAUCAGCGUCCAAGCCUCCAAAGGCACAGCCGCCUGCUGCUGUUGUUGGACGAGUGUCAUGGACUCGAUGCGGGACGAUAGAGAGCCUACGCUCUGGACAAUGGUGGAUGUCGACUCGUCGAUGCGCAAGGACAGGGACGCCGCGUCCAUGGCGGCCACAGUCGCCUGCAGUGUGUCCAAUCUUCCUAGCAUCUCGGCCGUAUCCGCACUCAUGGCGCUGAGCGACUGGCCGUUUUUUGCAAGCUCUGCCGCGAGCCCUCUUGCCUCAUCCUUGACCGAUGUCAAGGCAGACGCAUGUGCCGUCGACAUGUCGCUGGAGCUUCAGGGUCUGCAGCGCCAGCAAGAGGAUAGAGUUCACAUUGGUGAUUCGCUGCUCCAUCUCGGCCCUCUUGGCGCCGCGGAAGCCAUACUCGAGCUUUCUGUACCCGUCCCGGCACCUGUCGCGAAACCCGGGGUCGGACACCUUGCAGCCGGCAUACCUGACGAUGAAGUCCUGCAGCGCCUUCAGGUCCGCCUCGCACGACUUGGUACUGUUGGCAAUGUUCAGGAGCAGCAGCGAGGUCGUCGUGCUCGCCGAGUUUGCAGCCGCCGUCGGGGCGGCCGUGACGCGUAUGCACUGGAUGCCCCGGGCGAGGAGGUCGAGGGUGCCGGAGAGCGUCUGGGCCCGCCGCCCGAGUGACUCCAGGUCGUCCGUGUGGCUUCUCACAGUGUCGGCAUAGGUUAUGAUGCCCUUGCAGACCUCGAUGCCCAGGGAUAUCGCGCCCAGCGCGAGACCUGCCAUCGCCGCCAUCUUGAUCCUCGCCGGCGCGGGCACACGGAAACACGCCGCACGUUGGGAGUGGAGACAUCACAGAAGUCGAUUGUGCAAGCUUCAAG